GGGCCCAGCUGACGCGCUACGUUGUUUACGGGUCGAGCGGCUCCUGCUCCCGCCGCCCGCUACCCGCCAGCCUAGGUCCCCGUCUGUCCUUCUGUCCGCGUGUCUGUUUGUUCAGGCGUCCGCAGAUCGUGGCCCAGAGUGUUCGGGGCCAAGAGCCAAGAGGCCCAGGGGGCAGCGCGGGUAUCCGGGCCCUGAGAUCACUGAACGGAUUCCGGGCCUCAGUGGCCUGGGGUUGGGGCCGCGCCGCUGGAUUUGUAGUGGCUGAGGCCGCGCGCCCCUCUGUGGGGACUAAAUCAAGGGCCCUCACCCGGCGGGAUCCGCGGCCCGUGGGCUGCCGGUGUGGAAGAGAAUUCACGGCGCCUCCCAGGCAGCCACCUCGGAGCAUGACCCCAGCGGUCAGACGCCGCCUGCUCUGAUCCGCCGGGACUCAGCGCUCCUGCAGCCAUGGGCGCUGCGGGCAGACGGGGGGCGGCGGCCACGCCGUUGCUUGUGGCGGUGGCUGCGCUGCUGGUGGGCGCCGCGGGCCACCUGUAUCCCGGAGAGGUGUGUCCCGGCAUGGACAUCCGGAACAACCUCACGCGGCUGCACGAGCUGGCUAACUGCUCGGUCAUCGAAGGACAUUUGCAGAUACUGUUGAUGUUCAAGACAAGGCCCGAGGAUUUCCGAGACCUCAGUUUCCCCAAACUCAUCAUGAUCACUGAUUACUUGCUGCUGUUCCGGGUCUACGGGCUGGAGAGCCUGAAGGACCUGUUCCCCAAUCUCACGGUCAUCCGGGGCUCCCGUCUGUUCUUCAACUACGCGCUGGUCAUCUUUGAGAUGGUUCACCUGAAGGAGCUUGGCCUCUACAGCCUGAUGAACAUCACCCGGGGGGCCGUCCGCAUCGAGAAGAACAACGAGCUCUGCUACCUGGCCACCAUCGACUGGUCGCGAAUCCUGGAUUCAGUGGAGGAUAAUUACAUUGUGCUGAACAAAGACGACAACGAGGAAUGUGGGGACAUCUGUCCAGGCACUGCAAAGGGCAAGACCAACUGCCCUGCCACAGUCAUUAACGGGCAGUUUGUCGAGCGGUGUUGGACUCACAGCCACUGCCAGAAAGUCUGCCCGACCGUCUGUAAGUCACACGGCUGCACUGCCGAGGGCCUCUGCUGCCAUAGCGAGUGCCUGGGCAACUGCUCCGAGCCCGACGACCCCACCAAGUGUGUGGCCUGCCGCAACUUCUACCUGGAUGGCAGGUGUGUGGAGACCUGUCCGCCUCCAUACUAUCACUUCCAAGACUGGCGCUGUGUGAACUUCAGCUUCUGCCAGGACCUGCACAACACAUGCAAGAACUCGAGGAGGCCAGGCUGCCACCAGUAUGUCAUUCACAAUAACAAGUGCAUCCCUGAGUGUCCCUCUGGCUACACGAUGAAUUCCAGCAACUUGAUGUGCAGUCCGUGUCUGGGCCCCUGUCCCAAGGUCUGUCACCUCCUAGAAGGCGAGAAGACCAUUGACUCAGUGACGUCUGCCCAGGAGCUCCGAGGCUGCACUGUCAUCAAUGGGAGCCUCAUCAUCAACAUUCGAGGGGGCAACAACCUGGCAGCUGAACUAGAAUCCAACCUUGGCCUCAUUGAAGAAAUUUCAGGGUAUCUGAAAAUCCGCCGCUCCUAUGCUCUUGUGUCACUUUCCUUCUUUCGGAAGUUACGUCUGAUUCGGGGGGAUACCUUGGAAAUCGGGAACUACUCUUUCUAUGCCUUAGACAACCAGAACCUAAGGCAGCUAUGGGACUGGAGCAAGCACAACCUUACCAUCACUCAGGGGAAACUCUUCUUCCACUAUAAUCCCAAACUCUGCUUGUCAGAAAUUCAUAAAAUGGAAGAAGUUUCGGGAACAAAGGGGCGCCAGGAGAGGAAUGACAUCGCCUUGAAGACCAAUGGGGACCAGGCAUCCUGUGAAAAUGAAUUGCUUAAAUUUUCUUACAUUCGGACAACUUUUGACAAGAUCUUGCUCAAGUGGGAGCCAUACUGGCCCCCUGAUUUCCGAGACCUUCUGGGGUUCAUGCUCUUCUACAAAGAGGCCCCUUACCAGAAUGUGACAGAGUUCGAUGGGCAGGAUGCAUGUGGAUCCAACAGCUGGACAGUUGUGGACAUCGACCCACCUGUGCGGUCCAAUGACCCCAAGUCCCAGAGCCACCCCGGGUGGCUCAUGCGGGGCCUCAAGCCCUGGACCCAGUAUGCCAUCUUCGUGAAGACCUUGGUCACCUUUUCUGAUGAGCGUCGCACAUACGGGGCCAAGAGCGACAUCAUCUAUGUCCAGACGGAUGCCACCAAUCCUUCCGUGCCCCUGGAUCCCAUCUCGGUUUCUAACUCCUCAUCCCAGAUCAUCCUGAAGUGGAAGCCUCCCUCUGACCCCAACGGUAACAUCACACACUACCUGGUUUUCUGGGAGAGGCAGGCAGAGGACAGUGAGCUGUAUGAGUUGGAUUAUUGCCUGAAAGGGCUGAAGCUGCCCUCUCGGACCUGGUCCCCACCGUUUGAGUCAGAGGGCUCCCAGAAGCACAACCAGAGCGAGGACGAGGAGUCUGCUGGGGAGUGCUGCUCCUGCCCGAAGACCGAUGCUCAGAUUCUGAAGGAGCUGGAGGAGUCCUCCUUCCGGAAGACAUUUGAGGAUUACCUGCACAAUGUGGUUUUUGUCCCCAGAAAAUCCUCUUCAGGGUCUGAUGCCGAGGACAGUAGGCCAUCGAGGAAACGCAGGGCCCUUGGUGAUGAGGGCAAUGUGACGACGGCCGUGCCCACAGCUCCCGGUUUCCCCAAUACCUCCUCUACCAGUGCGCCCACAAACUCGGAGGAGCACCGGCCCUUUGAGAAGGUGGUGAACAAAGAGUCACUGGUCAUCUCUGGCCUGCGCCACUUCACUGGCUACCGCAUCGAGCUGCAGGCUUGUAACCAAGAUGCCCCCGAGGAAAGAUGCAGCGUGGCAGCCUACGUCAGUGCCAGGACUAUGCCCGAAGCCAAGGCAGAUGACAUUGUUGGCCCCGUGACCCAUGAAAUCGAGAGCAAUGGCGUUCAUUUGAUGUGGCAGGAGCCCAAGCAGCCCAACGGUCUGAUCGUGCUAUAUGAAGUGAGUUACAGGAGAUACGGCGAUGAGGAGCUGCACCAGUGUGUCUCCCGCAGGAAUUUUGCUCUGGAGCGGGGCUGCAGGCUGCGUGGGCUGCUGCCGGGGAAUUACAGUGUGCGAGUACGGGCCACCUCCCUGGCGGGCAACGGCUCCUGGACGGAAACCACCUAUUUUUACGUGACAGACUAUGUAGUCCCCUCACCAGAUAUUGCAAAAAUUAUCAUCGGCCCCCUCAUCUUUGUCUUCCUCUUCAGUGUUGUGAUUGGGAGUAUUUACCUGUUCCUGAGAAAGAGGCAGCCAGAUGGGCCGCUGGGACCGCUAUAUGCUUCUUCAAACCCUGAGUACCUCAGUGCCAGUGAUGUGUUCCCAUGUUCUGUUUAUGUGCCGGACGAAUGGGAGGUGCCUCGGGAGAAGAUUACCCUCCUACGGGAGCUGGGGCAGGGCUCCUUCGGCAUGGUGUACGAGGGCAACGCCAGGGACAUCAUCAAGGGCGAGGCAGAGACCCGAGUGGCGGUGAAGACAGUCAACGAGUCAGCCAGCCUGCGGGAGCGGAUCGAGUUUCUCAACGAGGCCUCAGUCAUGAAAGGCUUCACCUGCCAUCAUGUGGUCCGCCUCCUGGGGGUGGUGUCCAAGGGCCAGCCGACGCUGGUGGUGAUGGAGUUGAUGGCUCAUGGAGACCUGAAGAGCUACCUCCGUCCCUGGCGGCCGGAGGCUGAGAAUAAUCCUGGGCCGCCCUCCCCCCACCUGCAUGAGAUGAUUCAGAUGGCAGCUGAGAUUGCAGACGGGAUGGCCUACCUGAAUGCGAAGAAGUUUGUGCACCGGGACCUUGCAGCUCGAAACUGCAUGGUCGCCCAUGAUUUCACUGUCAAAAUUGGAGACUUUGGGAUGACCAGAGACAUCUAUGAAACGGACUAUUACCGGAAAGGCGCAAAGGCCUACUCCCCGUGCGGUGGAUGGUCGCCAGAGUCCCUGAAGGAUGGGGUCUUCACCACCUCCUCUGACAUGUGGUCCUUUGGUGUGGUCCUCUGGGAAAUCACCAGCUUGGCAGAACAGCCAUACCAAGGCCUCUCCAAUGAGCAGGUGUUGAAAUUUGUCAUGGAUGGAGGACAUCUGGAUCAGCCUGACAAUUGUCCAGAUAGACUCAGCGAACUGAUGCGGAUGUGUUGGCAGUUCAACCCCAAGAUGAGGCCGACCUUUCUAGAGAUCGUUGACCUGCUUAAGGAUGACCUGCACCCCACCUUUCCAGAAGUUUCCUUCUUUCACAGCGAGGAGAACAAGGCACCUGAGAGCGAGGAAUUGGAGAUGGAGUGUGAGGACAUGGAGAGCGUGCCCCUGGACCGGCCCUCACACUUCCCGAGGGAGGAGGUGGUGGGGCCCCCGCUGGGCCUCAAGCGAAGUUACGAGGAGCAUGUCCCCUACACGCACAUGAACGGGGCCAAGAGAAAUGGGCGGGCCCUGACUCUGCCGCGGUCCAGCCCUUCCUAACAGCUUCUGCUUGCGGGAGGGGCUCCCCACUUCACUCUCCUCUGGUUGGAAGGUCUUCAGAAACUCAGGAUUUUCCCAGGACUCUGCCAGUGUCAGUGGAGCGGAGAGAUCAUUGCUCUCUGCGUGUGUUCAUUGCAGGACCUCAAACCGCCGCUGUCCGAUUGCUGGUCUGACCCGUGGCUGGAGAGUCUGGCUGAACGUAGAGGGCGGGGCUACCACGGCUGCUGCCCUUGGCAGCAGCUGCUGGGUCAGGCCAGGAUGUUACUUCUUUCUCCAGUUGAUUGAAAGAAAGCACCUGUUUUUGAAAAAGGACUUUUUGUGGGGAUGGGGGCUGGUGUCUGAGCUACAGUGUAAAACAUAAAAGUUGUUCAUGGAACGAAAGUUUGAAAGAAAGAAAAACAUGCUGUUCCAGUAGAGUUUCAGGCUUUAUGGAGUGAACUUUUGGGAGGUUUUUCUCAUCCAGGCUGAAGAAUUUUUUUUUCCUUCACAAAAGUAGUUCCUCAAAUUGACCAAUAGCUGCUGCUUUUAUACUUUCCAUAACCUGCAGUCCCCGUGUGUGUGCAUGUGCGUUCAGGGCAGGCAGGGUUGCUGUGUGUGUGUGCGUGCAAAGCACUCGUGCUGAGGUGCAGCUCUGGCGAUCGGCUCGUGAAGGUUCUCCUUUUCCAAGUGUGUGAGCAUCCUGGUUCCCCUCCUUCCUUCUCAUUCACCAGAGACUACGCCCUCAAUAGAGUCUCAUGUGCCCUAGUCUAGCCUCAGGAGUCUUCUGUCCCUUAACUUUGGUGAAAACUAGUUUUCCAGGGGCUGAGGGAGUGGUUUGGAGUGAUAAUGGAUCUUUUAAAGACCAAACAGAACCAGGACAUAAGAAAAAGG